CUUUCAUCUUUUCUUCUUCUUCUUCUUCACUUAAUUUCUUCUGCUGAUCCAUUAUAUAUAUACCCUUAAUAACUAGGCUUUGUGUGCUUCCUUCCGAGGAAUAAACUAAUACCCUACAAAAUAAGAGCGAGGGGUCUAAAUUCCCUUUAUUAGUACCUAGGCCUUGACACAUAUAGCCAUCAUGAAGGAGAGUGGGAGGAAGCAAGGAGCACCAUCUCCAUGUGCAGCAUGCAAACUUUUGAGGAGAAGGUGUGCUCAAGACUGUGUUUUUGCUCCUUAUUUUCCUGCAGAUGAACCCCAGAAGUUUGCUAACGUGCAUAAGGUGUUCGGUGCUAGCAAUGUCAACAAGAUGCUCCAGGAGUUACCAGAGCACCAGCGCGGCGACGCCGUGAGCAGCAUGGUGUACGAGGCAAACGCCAGGGUGCGUGACCCUGUCUACGGCUGCGUCGGAGCCAUAUCGUCGCUGCAACAGCAGAUAGACACACUUCAGACUCAGUUGGCUCUGGCCCAAGCUGAAGUGGUGCACCUAAGGGUCAGCCAGUCAGCCUCACCAUGGUACCAUGGUUUCGGCCCGGGAAGUCCAAACAGUAGUGGGUCACCCUCUUCUAAGCUCUUGGGUUCACAAGCCAAGCCCAUUUUCGACAUGGAUAUGGUCGAGUCAAUGUGGUCGUACUAGAUUAAAUUUUUGUUAUCAUAUAUAUAAUUUCCUAUGAUAUUUUCUCAGUUCUUACCAUACAUCCACCUCGUAGAGAUACUACUAGUAACGGUGGUGGCGACGGCGGUGGCAGCCAUGAGCAGAUAUGGUAGUGGCGGUGAUGGUGAAGAGUCAUAUUAGUUUUGGUUUGAAAAGGGUUUUCAUUAACCUUGUACGGGUGAUAUCAUUUCACCCUUAUUGUACAUAUAUAUAUAUAUAUAAUUUAACUUAUUAUAUAAAGUGCGUAAUUUAUA